CUCCAUUUAUAAUUUUAUUUUCAGACAAUGAAAAUUUUUUUAUGUAUAAUCGGACUUCUGGUUGAGGUGGUCAUUCCAAUUCUUGGUCAAUGCACACCUUCUAAAACGAGAGUAAGCGGAUCAUACUCAAAUGGACGUAGAAUAUGUUCAGGAGAUCUGAUUCUAUCUGAAAACUUCGACUCACUGAAUCAGAACCUGUGGAACCAUGAGUUGACUGUUGACGGAAAUGGAAAUGGUGAAUUCCAGGAGUAUGUGAAUGAUAGAUCAGUGAGCUUCAUUGAGAAUGGAAAACUGGUAAUACAGCCAAAAGUUGUUGGUGAUGUUCCCCUGAAAAAUGGGUAUUUUAAUCCUGUUCAAAGUGCCCGUAUGACCACAGCUGGACGCUUCGCCUUCACAUAUGGAAUACUGGAAACGAGGGCCAAAUUGCCAGCUGGAGAUUGGCUGUGGCCAGCCAUCUGGCUGCUCGCCCAGAACAAUAACUACGGGGGCUAUCCUCACUCCGGUGAAAUAGACCUGAUGGAGAGUAGAGGCAACAAAAACCUAAUCGCCUGGACCAAGAACAUCGGCCCCGAAGAAGUGGCUGCUACAGUGCAUUUCGGCCAAAACUACGACCUCACAGACCUAUCAUCUCUCGCCCACAACAAGCCGGGAUUCGACAAUGAUUUCCAUUUGUACAAACUGACCUGGACGCCAGACUACAUAGCUUUCAGUGUCGACGGCAAGGAAAUAGGCAGGGUUACACCGCCAGCAGGUGGCUUUUACGAACUGGGUCAUCUCACAGGAAAUAAUCCUUUUAGAUUUGGCACUAAAAUGGCGCCCUUUGACAGGGAUUUCUAUAUAUUGCUCAACGUGGCAGUGGGUGGUACCAGUAAUUAUUUCCCGGAUAAAUGCAUCAACCCCGGAGGAAAACCAUGGAAGAGUACUUCCAAGCAGGCUGCCAGAGAUUUUUGGAAUGGUAGAUCUCAGUGGAGACCUACCUGGAACGAGGGAACUAGGCAAAGUGCCAUGCAGGUCGAUUAUGUGAAAGUAUGGGCUCUUUAAUUUGACUUAAAAGUAUUUGUAUUGAGAAAAUGUAUUUGAUCAAAUUUAUUUUUAUAUCUAGAAAAUCAAUAUGUUUUUCGUGAAAUUGUAAAACUUUCUUUGGGUUAUUGGCAUAAUCCAUAAUCAAUAAAAAAUUUCUUUCGUA